AUGAAAAUACAUUUGUCAUCAGAUGAAGUUAAUCUACUUGUUUAUCGCUAUUUAGUAGAGAAUGGUUUUGUUCAUACCGCAUAUGCAUUUUUGAAUGAAGGAAAUAUAUCAAAGAACACAUAUUAUGUAAGUCAUUGUGAUAAGUUGCCCAGUAAUGCAUUGGUAUCAUUUUUACAAAAGGCAUUGAUAUAUAUUUAUAUAGAAUAUCAUACUGAUCAUAAAGAUGGAAAAAAAAUUAGUUGUGAGGAACCAUUCUCCUUUUUUCGAAGGCAUGAAUGCUGGAACGAUGAAAAUAAUUCAUCAGAGGAUGAUAAUAAAACAGAACUUCAAUUAGAUGAUAAAAUUUCAAGUAAUAAUUUAAACAGUUUUGCAACUAGUAAUAAUAGUAACAAUCGAAAUAAUGAUAAUGAUGAUAGUAAUAAUAGUAGUAGUAACUACAAUAACAAUAAUAGCACCCAAAACAAUAAUAACAAUAAUAAUAACAACAAUAAUAAUAACAAUAAUAAUAACAAUAAUAAUAACAAUAAUAAUAACGAUAAUAAUAAUAAUAAUAAUAAUAAACCGAAGGAAAAUACAAAUCCCCCAAAACCUAAACCAAGCAGGCCACAUAUUUAUAGUAGCAGCUUUUCCAAUUUCGCUAGCUUAAACUAUAAUGAUAGUAAUUUAUCCUUUAAGGAUAUCAAACGGAAUUAUGUAAGCAUUUUUGCCCAAGCUAAAACUACUAAAAAAAAGUCAAAUAAAAAAACAAAUAAUAACGAUGAGUCAAAAGAAAAAAAUGGGAAAGAAGAAUCGAAUAGUGCUUCAGGUAAUCAAAAGAAGAAAGCUAAGGCUAUGAAAUCAUCCAGCAAAUCAAAUAAAGUGACAGAAAGCGAUAAUAAUAAUAAAAGUGAAGAUGGAGAGGCAAAUUUUUCAUUUGAUAAAAAAAAGAAAAAAACAUAA